CUUGGCGGCACGAACAAAUCCAAAUUAUUUCAAACACAUCUAACGUCCUUGCACACACAAGACACAAGGCGGUUCGAGCUUUACGUAUGUGCGUAGAUUAUCGUCUUUAUCUUUAUUUAAAGUUUUUCCACCGAUCCAAGUAAACUUGCCCACUAAUUCACAUUCUCGUUCUCUAUAUAUAUUCAUACCGCCACCUCGCCUUCAGUUUACGAGAUGAAUUGUAUCGAAACACAACAAAUGUCGUUCACCGAAGACAACUACGAGAUUCUCGCAGCCGAUUCUGGUUCAUUUACAUCUUCUCCGAAGAACAAUACAACGAUGAGGGUAGGUGACGAAAAUUGGGAGCAUGACGUCAUCAAGAACUGUCUUGUUACGGGCCUGGGGAAGCUUGGCGAGCACGUUAGGGUUGUGGCGGUUCGGAGAAACUCGUUUUCCGGUUUGUCGGGUGAAGGCAGGCUUCGAAGUUUUCGGGUUUUUUCAGAGGCUGUUUCGAGAAAGAACCGGGGAAAUCCUAACGUAAAAUUUGCAUGGUACGGUGGUUCGAAAAAAGAGAUUGAUGAGGUUUUAGCUCACGGGUUUGCAUCGCCUGGGAAUGGAGGUUUACAUGGACGUGGGGUGUAUCUGUCUCCUGCUAAUUUUCCUCUGGACAGUGUCUUAUCAUCAGAUGCUGAUGACAGUGGAUUGAGGCACAUUAUACUCUGUCGUGUUAUAUUGGGCAAAUCGGAACAAAUACGUGCUGGUUCUGAGCAGUUUCAACCGAGUUCAGAAGAGUUUGAUAGCGGCAUGGAUAACUUGGAUGAACCCAACAAGUAUAUCAUAUGGAGUUGUUACAUGAAUUCACACAUUCUUCCCAGUUUUGUUAUUAGUUUCAAGGCAUCACUCACUGGUUCACCGAGGAUUCAGCGACCUUGUUUGAUACCUAAGUCGCCUUACAUGAGCUUUCCCAGACUAAUGUCAGAUCUUGGAACGUAUUUAGUACCUUCGGAAAUGGACUUGAUCACCAGAUACCAUACUGCAUUUCUGGCAAAGAAGAUUACGAGGAACCAACUGAUAAGGACUGUGAGGCAAAUUGCUGGAGACAAUCUACUCAAGGCAGUGAUCAAAUCAAGCAGAAACAAGACUCUUGAUAAUCGCAAGCAUAGUAGAAAUUCUGGAGCAGCAGGAAAAAAUGCAAGCAGCACAGGGAGGGCGGCUGGUUAGAUUAUCGCGGAUUUUGUACUUGCACUGGAUUUUCUAAAGAAAAAGAAGACAAAAUAGGAAGGUUGUGUUACCAUCAACUAAACAAAAAUCGUAUAUUCUGGGAUGAAAUCUAUUACUCAACUGACCAUAUACUCAUGUAGCAUUGUUUCAGCUGAAAUAUUAUGUAUUCACUUUCUUUCUGAUAUAAAUAUCAAUCGAUCAUGGUGAUUAUAUUACAAAUCAA